AUGUCGUGCUUGGCAUCAUGCUGUGCGUCCCUAACGUGCGGUCUCUGCACGUCAGUGGCCUCUGGCAUCACAAAACGCUCUGCAAGAAUUGCCUACUGUGGCCUUUUUGGUAUCUCUUUGAUUUUAUCUUGGGUUCUCCGAGAAGUCGCCACUCCUCUUCUUAAACAUUUGUCAUGGAUAAACACUUCAGAAAACCUCCCAAAGGAAUACUUUCAAAUACAAGCCGUUCUUCGUGUCAGCUUGGGGAAUUUCUUGUUUUUUGGAAUACUUGCCCUUAUAAUGAUUGGAGUCAAGGAUCAAAAUGACAGACGUGAUUCCUGGCAUCACGGUGGAUGGAUUGCUAAGAUGCUGAUUUGGACUUUGCUCACCAUCCUCAUGUUUUUUCUACCUAAUGUCGUCAUAACAAUUUAUGGAAUUCUUUCCAAGUUUGGGGCAGGGUUAUUCUUACUGGUCCAAGUCAUAAUAUUGCUAGAUGCCACACAUUCAUGGAAUGAUUCAUGGGUUGCUAAAGACGAGCAAAAGUGGUAUGUUGCUUUGCUGGUUAUAUCAGUAGUGUGUUAUCUUGCAGCGUUUACAUUUUCGGGAAUUUUAUUCAUUUGGUUCAACCCUUCCGGUCACGACUGUGGUCUUAAUGUCUUUUUCAUCGUGAUGACCCUUAUUCUUGCCUUUGCUUUCGCCGUUAUUGCUUUGCACCCUAAGGUAAACGGCAGCCUCUUGCCUGCUUCUGUGGUAUCUGUUUAUUGUGCUUAUCUUUGUUAUACUGGUCUCUCGAGUGAGCCUCGAGGUUAUGAGUGCAAUGGUCUUCACAAGAAGUCGAAAGCUGUAACCACGAGUACCCUUGUUCUCGGGAUGCUUACAACAGUUCUGUCUGUUCUAUAUUCUGCACUCCGUGCUGGAUCAUCAACAACAUUUUUAUCCCCACCGUCUUCACCGCGAGCAGGUGGGACGACACCUCUUCUACAGUCAGACGACCCAGAAUCGGGAAAAGAAAAGAAAGGAGCUGAAGCACGACCUGUUACUUACUCGUACACCUUCUUCCACUUGAUAUUUGCUCUGGCCAGUAUGUACUCGGCCAUGCUUCUGUCGGGAUGGACCAGUAGUUCUGAGAGCUCUGACUACAUUGAUGUUGGCUGGACGUCAGUUUGGGUUCGCAUCUGCACGGAAUGGGUCACCGCUGCAUUGUAUGUUUGGUCGCUUGUGGCACCGUUGAUCUUACCCGAUCGUGAAUUUUAUUAA